CUGUCUACAAGCCAUUCGUGCACUAAAAAAAAAACCAGGAGCAGAACCCCUUUUUUCCCUACGCUCACACAAGACAGAUCCCUUGGUACAGAAAAAAAUUCCUUAAAAGCCCAUAAGUUUUCUAAAUUCUUUCAAUAACAUCCUCAAGAUUACAGCUUCUUGACAAGAAAUCAAUGUUGGAAGAAUUCCCCAGGCAAGUUUUCCUCUCUAGUCUACGUUUUUCUUGAAUUUACGAUGUGAUUAGGUUUUUUGAAGUUAGGGUUAGAGUUUUUUUUUGGUGGUGGUUAGGGGCAUAGAAAAGAAUGAAGGGAGGGCGAUCUCACCGGUUCCAGACCCACCACCAGUAUGAAUCACAUGAGGACUGGGUGGAUGGGUCGUGGACGGUAGAUUGUGUGUGUGGUGUAAACUUUGAUGAUGGAGAAGAAAUGGUGAAUUGUGAUGAUUGUGGCGUGUGGGUACACACGCGCUGUUCAAAGUAUGUGAAGGGUGAAGAAUUGUUUACCUGUGAUAAAUGUAAGAGGAGGAAGAAUAGGGGUAAUAGUAGUAAUAAUGAUGAUAGUGAGGAGACUGAGGUUGCGCAGUUAUUAGUGGAAUUGCCGACGAAAACGAUUAGGUUAGAGAAUGGGGGCGGGGGGAAUGUUGGUCCGCAGAGGAAAGGGUUGAGGUUGUGGACAGAGAUACCGAUGGAGGAAAGAGUUCACGUGCAGGGGAUUCCAGGUGGGGAUCCUGGGUUGUUUAGUGGGGUUUCAAAGGUUUUUACGCCGGAGCUGUGGAAGUGUACCGGGUAUGUGCCGAAAAAGUUUAGUUUUCAGUAUAGGGAGUUUCCGUGUUGGGAUGAGAAGGAGAGGAAGGUAGAGAAGAGGAGUGAGGAGGAGAAUGAGAAUGAGAAUAUGGUUGACAAGGGUGCGGGGGUUUUGUUUUCAUUGUCGAAGGAGAGUGUGUUGGGGAUGCCAGUGGCAGAUUUGGGUGACAGGAGAGGGAGGGACGAGGGUGGUGGUUAUGAGAGGAAGGUUUAUUCGAGGGAGAUGAAGAAGUGGGAGAGUGAGGAUGGAGAAGUUAGGGGUGCUACUUUCGCAGUGAAAAGGGAGAGAAGUGUACUUAGGUCAGUUGUGGCGCAUUCAGGUAAGCGGAAGAAAGAAGAUCUUGGGAUGGCCAAGGAUCGGAGUGUAAAGAAGAAGGCUCGAACUGCAGAGAAGGAGGUGGAGGCAAAGAAGAGGGUUUUUCAUGCUUCUAAAACAGCAUUUACGUCCACCAGUGAUGCAAAACCAUUGGAAUUUUAUGAAGACAGAGCUCCGAAGUCCUUCAAGGGUGAACUUCAGGGUAACAAGAGCAAGCAUUUAAGGGACUCCGGUAUUCAAGAACAGAAAUCAGAUAGUUAUAUAGCAGUUGAAAAUGGUGUUGAGAAGCCCAACUUAGCAGUGGCUGAGCAAUCCUCAGAAGCACUGUCUCUUGACAUGUCUAGACCUCAUUCAUCAACUGGAGCUGGAUUGGAGGAAGAGAAGUCUAGCCAUGAUGUUGUGGUUGCUGUUGAGAGUUCUCCCAAAGAGUCUAAUGUAGUGGCAUCAGCUCCAGAACACAAUGAUUGUGGGAAACAAGAGGGCAAUAACAUGCUAAGUGGAAAUUUAGAUGAUAAAGUGGAGGGUUCCACAGGAAGAGAUGUGCCUGCACUUGAGGAGCCGGCUAGUGCUUCUCCAGAAGUUAUGGGUGAUCAGAUUAAUGAUAAUGGUGAUGCAAUUCCAAGUUCUGCACAAUCUAAUGUUAAAGUAGAAGUGGAUGAUGAUAACUCUAAGGGGGGCUUGAAUCGUCAGUCUUCUCAUGGUGAUGCAAAAGAUGCAAGGAUAUCUUAUGAUAACAUAUCUGAAAAUCCAAAACUGAAUGGUGCAGCAUUAGGUGGUUCAUCCAAUGACCAUAAAAUUCAAGAGGUUGGCAGCAAUUUAGAAGCAGUUCUUCUUUGUAACACAGGUGAAGCUAACAAAUUAUGUGAUGGUCCUUGUCAGCAUAAACGAGCUGAAGGCUCAAUUGAAAUGCAACAAUGUCUCCCAGAACCUAAAAACACUACAGAGACUGCUGAAGAACUGUCAAAAGCAGGUGAAACCAUCUCAAGCUCUCCAGCACUACCCAAUCAGCGUAAAAUUGUUGUCUGUGUUGCAAAAGCAUCUUCUGUUGCAUCCACUGUGAUGAUCUCCCAAACACCUUCAUCUGACAAUUUUAAAACUUCAGAUACUUUGAAUUUUAGUUCUAAUAUUAUGCAACAAGUUAUACCUGACUGCAAUUCUAGUAUUAAGAAAGAUCGAGCUACAAGUGAGAUAGUGACAGAAGAAGAAAGGUAUGACAUUUCAAAGAAAACAGUAAAAGAAUGUCCAAAAUCCUCAGUGAAUUCUGCUUCAAAAGUGUUGCAUUCAAGCAAGAGUUCACAUACAUCUGUUCCUAAGAGAACUGUUUCAGAUUCAAAAGAUUCCAUGCUUCACUUAUCCUCUAAAGCAUCUUCAGCACAGAAUUCUGGUGAUACUGCCGGAUCACUGCAAAUUGAGAGCACUUCACAUGCUCAUAGUAAGGCACUUGCAUCAGGUUUACCCCAAAGAUCUGAAAAGUUUAAUCAGUCUAAUGGCCAGUCAUCAUCUAAGACAAGUCUUGCAUUGUCAAUGAAUCCUUCUGCACCAACCAAUUCGCCUGCGGCUUUAAGUGAUGAAGAGCUUGCUUUGCUUUUACAUCAAGAACUCAAUAGUUCUCCUAGAGUACCUCGUGUGCCGCGUGUUCGCCAUGCAGGUGGUUUGCCACAUUCAGUUUCUCCAACCGCAACAAGUGUGCUGAUGAAGCGGACAUCUAGUUCUGGAGCAAAAGACCAUAGCUUGGCUUCUAGAAGAAAAGGUAAGGAUACAUCAAAAGAUGGGUUUCGCCGUUUUCAGGAGCCUGAUGAUGAGGCUAAAAAGACUGACAGACCAUCUUCUUCUGAUCAGAGGAGACAAGAUACAGGAUAUAAAGCUGACUCGGUGUCGAAGAGAGGGGAUAAUGGAUCUCCGACAGCAGUAAAUUCUGUCAAGAACAACAUCCCGCCUGCCUCCACCUCAACUGCAAACAGUGGCCCAUCUUCCUCUACUGAGGUUAAUGACCAUCAUUUGUCAUCUAGACGUAAUUCACCAAGGAAUAUUUCUGAUGAGGAGACAGGCACUGUUCGGGCUCCUGUUCAUCGCACUCUGCCAGGUUUAAUCAAUGAGAUUAUGAGCAAAGGCAGACGCAUGACAUAUGAGGAACUCUGUAAUGCCGUCUUACCGCACUGGAAAAACUUGAGGAAGCAUAAUGGAGAACGCUAUGCAUAUUCAAGUCCUUCUCAGGCUGUUCUUGAUUGCCUGAGGAAUCGGCAUGAAUGGGCUCGGUUGGUGGAUCGUGGUCCCAAGACAAAUUCAAGUAGAAAAAAGCGCAAGUUUGAUCCUGAUGAAUCAGAAGAUAAUGACUAUGGCAAGGUAAGAACUGCAAAAGGAGAAGGCAAAAACCUUGAGUCACAAAGAGAAGAGGUUCCCAAGGGCAAGAGAAAAGCAAGGAAACGAAGGCGCCUGGCACUACAAGGAAGAGGUAUAAAAGAUGUCAGGAAACGGCGGAAGGCAGAUACACUCACUGAUGAUGACAGUGGCCUAUUUUCUAAUUCAAGUAACGAGACUUUGUAUAGUGAGGACGAGAGUCAAGAAGGUGGAGCAGGUUUGGCUGGAAGUGAGGCCACAGCUAGCUCAGAUGAUACAGAAACCUCAUAGUUGUUAAUAGUUUAGUUGAUUUUGGGUCACAGUGACACCUUAUUGCAGCUGCUUCUUGGUUUCAGCCAAGUGCUGCAUCUUCCACAUGGAAUUGAAUAUUGUGCAACUAUUAGUUGUAGAGGAUGCCGCAGAAUCCUUUGUAAUUGUGAUUGUAUCUGUGUCUGCAGCCUCUGCUACCGUACUGAGUUGCAUUUGGUCAUCAACUGUCCUGGCCGCCAAUGUUCAGGUGCAAGAUCGAGGCUGGAGCCAAACCUGUAAUACUAAUGUACAUAUGAAAUGGUGUAGCUUUUGUAGCAACAUGUAAAAGAUUCAUCUUGUGUAGAGGCGCAGCAGCCUUUCUGUUAGAGUAGAUUCUGCAAAAUUAGAAAAGAAGCAGCUUGUUUGUAAGCUUCUGUAGAAUCAGCAUGUUAACUUAGGUGCAAAGAAUCCAUUGGAUUUAAUGUAUUAACAACCAUAAGUAACGUGGAGGUUUGCUUGAUGUCUGAAGCCGCCACUCAUUUUGUUCUUGUUGAGAA